AUGGUGCGGAAAGGAAAUAUGUUACAGAAGCUGCCAAAGAUGAUCAGAGGAAAGUGUGGUGAAAAAACAGAAGGAAAAGAAAGCGUGGAUAGAAUUAGUCAAUUACCAAAUUGCAUUCUGCUAUGUAUAAUGGCAUUUAUGACAACAAAAGAAGCUGUUCGGACUUGUGUCUUGUCCAAAAGAUACAAGGACCUUUGGAAAUAUGUCCCUGCACUGAUAGUAAGAAGCACAGAGUUUCAAAAUCUUGAAUUUUUCAAGAACUUUCUGUGCAAUUUUUUGCUCCAUCGCGAUAAUUCUACUGCCUUGCAUAAUGUUGUUGUUGAGUCUGAAGGGUAUAUUACCAAUCCAAUACUGUUCAAGCUCUUCCAAUAUGCUUUAUCUCAUAAAGUGGAGCAAUUCAAAAUCGAUGUCUACAGUUUCGGUUUUGUACCAAAAGACACUGAGUUUUUCUGUUCCAUUUUCUCAUGCCAUUCCCUCACAUCUCUUGACCUUUCACUGCGUCAUUGUAGAGGGAAAGCAAUUCUUCCAAAAACUCUAGACCUUCCUGAGUUAAUAAAUUGUCAUCUAAGAAAGGUUGCAUUUUCUUCAAGUGAUGAUUACAAUGGUCCUGCUGAGCCAUUCUCAAACUGCAAGAAGCUGCGUACUUUGGUCAUUGACUGUUGCACUUUACAUGAGGCAGAGAGCCUUUAUAUAUUGAAUGAAAAUGUUGUCAAUCUGACCGUACGGUUUAACAUUUUGAACUGUCAUCCUUCCAAUGUUCAGAUAUGUACUCCAAAUCUGAUUUCAUUUACUUUCGUGGGUGGUCUUCUUUCUGAUGGGGGAGCUGUGCAUACACUGUUUGAGCACAAUCUAGAUUUUCUUGAAGAAGCAAGAAUUGAAGCUUGGUGUGUUUUACCUACUCCUAAGAUUGCAGGUACCUUGCAAAAAUUGCUGAAAAGGUUCAACCAUAUAAAAUCACUGACACUCUCUUCAGCAACUCUUGAGGUUGUCGCUGUGAUUCCUGAUUUUCCCGAUGCUGAACCUGUUGGCUUUGGUAACUUGAAAUCAUUGAUCGUGAAACUUGACCCUUUUGCACGUCCACCAUGUGGAGAAGCAUUGGACUACUUGCGUCGAGAUUCUCAAUGUGCAGCAGCUACUCUUACUCAAGCAUUGGAACUUACACUUCUGCUUUUUCUUUAUUGCUCCCGCUCAGAAAUGCCGUCCUACUAUGAUGAAGGCAUGGCGUUUUUCAUAAUCGAUGAUGUGUGA